UCUCUCUCUCUCUCACUCCGUUUCGUACCGUCGCAUUUUUCAUUUUUGGGGCUGACCCUUUCCUCCUCCUCUUCCUCUUCCUCUUCCUCACCGUCGCAGGGGCGCGCGAUGCGACCUCCACCACCACCUCUUCCCCCAAAUUAGGGUUUCCGAUCGCCAAACCAAUCGCUCGAUCUACCACGAACCCCCUCCUCCCCCAAUCGCCCAUCGGAUCGAGAGCCGGAAUCCGGCCUCGUCUCAGAUCUCGAUCCCGUGCCCUCGGAACGCCCGCGAUCGCACCGAUCCCCGAAUGCGUCGGUAGAUCCGGGAACUUGUCCGAGGUCGCAGCGCGCGCGUAGAUCUCGGAUUCGGUUUAGCUCCGCCGGCGGCGGCGGCGGCGGCGGCGGCGGAGGAGGAGGAGGGUUUUUUAGGGUUGGGAAAGUUGGCGCCCCAACGCCGGUCGCAGCGCCACAUGGGUGGGCAGGUGCAGCAGAGCAAUGCCGCGGCGGCCGCGGCGGCUCUGUACGACCACCACCACCCGGCGCCGGCGGCGGGGGCGGGGGGCCCGGGAACGGCGGGGGACGUCGGGGACGCCGUCAUGGCCCGGUGGCUCCAGUCCGCGGGGCUGCAGCACCUCGCCUCCCCGCUCACCUCGUCCGCAGACAACCGCGCCCUCCCCAACCUCCUCAUGCAGGGGUAUGGUCCUCAGACAGUUGAGGAGAAGCAGAAGCUGUAUAAGCUCUUGAGGAGCCUGAAUUUCAAUGGCGAGUCGGUCUCUGAACCAUAUACACCAACAGCCCAAAGUUUUGGAGCAGCUGGUGCAUUGGAUGGCUUCUAUUCGCCCGAGUUGAGAGGUGAAUUUGGAGCUGGGCUUCUGGACCUUCAUGCAAUGGAUGAUACAGAGCUUCUUUCUGAGCAGCAUGUAACAUCAGAACCAUUUGAGCCAUCACCAUUCAUGCCCAAGGAGAUUGAUGAUGACUACGACAUCGUACCCGGUGGGCAGCAAGGGCCAGCAGAUAUCAAUAUCAGAUCAUCAACCAGUGAAAAAGAGAUCAGCACAAAGGAAAAUAAUGUAGCAAAAAUUAAAGUUGUGGUCCGUAAAAGACCCCUGAACAAGAAGGAGAUAUCUCGAAAAGAGGAUGAUAUUGUGACAGUGCAUAAUAGUUCCUAUUUGACUGUCCAUGAGCCAAAGUUAAAGGUUGACUUGACUGCCUAUGUGGAGAAGCACGAGUUUUGGUUUGAUGCUGUUCUUGAUGAGCAUGUCAGUAAUGAUGAGGUGUAUCGUGUGACUGUCGAGCCCAUUAUUCCUACCAUUUUUGAGCGAACAAAAGCCACAUGUUUUGCUUACGGUCAAACAGGGAGUGGCAAGACUUUUACGAUGCAACCUUUACCUCUUAGAGCUGCAGAAGAUAUCGUUCGGUAUUUACAUCAACCGGCAUAUCGAAAUCAGAAAUUUAAAUUGUGGCUUAGCUACUUUGAGAUAUAUGGUGGGAAACUCUUUGAUCUUCUUUGCGACAGGAGGAAACUUUGCAUGAGGGAGGAUGGAAGGCAGCAAGUCUGCAUUGUUGGACUACAGGAAUUUGAAGUCUUAGAUGUUCAGAUUGUGAAGGAGUAUAUCGAGAAAGGAAAUGCAGCACGGAGCACAGGUUCUACUGGAGCCAAUGAAGAAUCAUCAAGAUCUCACGCUAUUCUGCAGCUUGCCAUAAAGAAGCACAAAGAAAUUACUGAUCCCAGAAGGCAAAAGGAUGUCAACGAGGCCAAAACUGGCAAGGUUGUUGGCAAGAUAUCCUUUAUCGAUCUUGCCGGAAGUGAGCGUGGUGCUGAUACAACAGAUAACGAUCGUCAAACAAGAAUUGAAGGAGCAGAGAUAAACAAGAGCCUUUUGGCUUUGAAGGAAUGCAUCCGUGCCCUGGACAAUGAUCAGAUACAUAUCCCUUUUAGAGGGAGCAAGCUGACAGAGGUGCUUCGUGACUCUUUUGUCGGCAAUUCAAGGACUAUUAUGAUUUCAUGCAUCUCUCCAAAUGCCGGUUCUUGUGAACAUACCCUUAAUACCUUGCGAUAUGCCGACAGGGUCAAAAGUCUUUCUAAAAGUGGCAACCCGAAGAAGGAUCAGGCUCAGGCUACUGGAUUAUCUGGAUUUUCCAGCAAGGAAUCAGCAUCAGCAUCAUCAUAUCCUCUCUCCGUCGAAGCUGAUGAUACUAGCGAGCAAAUCCAAGAUUUCAAAGCACUUGAUAUUCCCAGGAGGAAUGCGGAAAAUUUUUCUUUUAAUUCUACAUCCGAGCCUGAGAGGAGCUCAUUUAGCAUGACCACGAAUUACUCCCUUAGAGGAAGGGACGAAAGUGGGCCCCCAUUUGAGCGGGAGCAGGAGAGGGAGAGGGAGAGGUUUGAGUCAAAGAGCAGUCAAGGGGGUUAUAGCAAUAAGCAGUCUGUUCAGAACUCUUUUGAGAACAGAGAUGAAGAAAAAGUACCAAAAGUCUCCCCUCCUCGAAGAAAAGGUUACAGGGACGAAAAAAUGGAAAAACAGGUUAACUGGUCGAGAAAAGAUGCCGGACCUGAAUCUGCUCCCACUGGCUACAAGCAGCGGCAGCAGCAGCAGCCAGUACCUGACUCUUCCUCCUUUAAUGUAUCAAGGCAAUAUGAAAAAGAAAUUCCAUGUAAUGAUGGGGAGAUAAAUGCAUUACUUGAGGAAGAAGAGGCUCUGAUAGCAGCCCAUAGAAAAGAGAUUGAGAACACAAUGGAGAUAGUGCGUGAAGAGAUGAAUUUGCUGGCGGAAGUGGACCAACCUGGUAGUCUCAUCGACAACUAUGUGACGCAACUAAGCUUCGUGCUCUCACGCAAGGCCGCGGGCUUGGUCAGCCUCCAGGCCCGACUGGCCCGAUUCCAGCACCGCCUCAAGGAGCAGGAGAUCCUCAGCCGCAAGAAAUCUUCAAGAUAAGCUGGCACCCCAUUCCGUAGCGUUGUUGCCCUUUUUGCUCUCUCCCUCCCUCUCUAAAAUCUCAACAUAUUCUCAAUUACAACCGAAACUGAUUGAAGAUUGCGUGUUUGAUGAUGAGCUCCAUAAGCGAUCAUGAUGGCUUUUCGGGCUCUAUCCCAGUUUCCGAGUUUAGUGAUUCUCGGGCUUGUGUGCGAGGUGUGCUAAUGUCCUUUGUCUUCGGAAAGGGACUGCGUUGGGCGUGUGUGUGGGCAUUUUAAUAACUCCGGUGCGACUGUUUGUCGAAGAUCUUUGGGGUUGGUCGGUGAGAAGACAUUUCGUUUGUUAGAAAUUGUAUGUAACAGUUAAUAUACAUCACAUUGUUGUAUUCGUUUUCCGAUGUUGUUUCAAUUCUUAGGAAAAGGAAAAAAAAAAAAAACAAUGGGCUUUAUUGAUCACUCCGGGGACUAAAGAACAUGAUAUUAUUCUGUAUUUCCCUAUGGAAAUAUAUGUGCAGGUCAACCAAGUAGUACAUUAUUAAGUUGUUUGCUCUCCUAAUUAUAAUGUGUUCACAGUAGCUUUUGUU